CCAACCACCAAUGUCGUCCAACACAGCCUCACCCGCGUAGGAAAGGCUCGCCAUCUCCUCGCUUGGAACUGGCUCAGUCGCGAAGAUGCAGGCUCCCUCGUCGUCGCCCUCGAGUCGGACAAUGCAGAGCAAUCUCUCCCCGGUUGGCUCAAUACCGAGUACGAGACGGCGCGUGCCUUCCGCUCAGUGAGGUCAAGGAGAUGGUUGCCAUCGAGACUGCCCGAAGACAUGGAUGAAGCAGCGUCCUCAUCUUCUUCACCGACGUCGGUCUCCCAGUGGCUUCACGAGCGCAUCAUGCAGCGCCGCGAAGAUGACGUUGACUUUGCCAUAUUGCCUCUCGAGGACCAGGAGGACUUCAUUUUGAAGGACGUGUGGAAGAGCAUCGACGCAGAGGCUCGCAAGAAUGCUAGCCUCGAAUGUCGCUUCACAUGCCUCCGCAAGUUGGGAUGGCGCGCCGGCUACUCGGCUGGCUUUCCCCUCGCCGCAGACAGUCUGCAAGCUCAACGUCGCAGGGAACUCGUUGCAAGGACAUCAAAUCCCGAGGAUGUUGCUGCUCUGGCGGAACUCAACGAAUUUGACGAGGAGCAGGCUUGGCAAGAUUGGAUCUCCAUGUCCUCUGCAGAGCGUGAAGCCGCAGAGCGAGAUGCGUGGGAGCAACGUGAUCGAUCCACACUCUUUAUCGACGACUCACCCUACUCCACUGUACUCGACUCAACGAUGCCGCGAUGGUUUGCUGAGCCGCAGCGUGCGGGCAACCUCGUCUUCUUGCCCAACAUCCUCAUCAAACUCGUUCGCAACACUACGCCUGCUGGUAAGCCCUACGAUCCUUGGAAGGCAACCUUCCGCGUCCCUCUCAACGUCCACAAGCACACCGUCAAAUCGUACCUCUUGGCCGUCUACGGGCUGCGCACCACCUGGAUCCGAUCCAUGAUUUAUCGCUCCCCUCUUACGGGAACCAACUACGGCCAGCAAAUCGCCACGGGCAAGGGUCGCACCUUCAAAAAGGUUGAAGUCGGUCUCCUCGAGCCAUUCAUUUGGCCAGAGAUCCCAGCAGCAAAGCGCAAAGAAAUCUUUGGCGGCGCAUUCCUCGAGCAGCAGCGCGCAGCAGCGACGCUCAAGGCUAAGGGUAUCAGGCGAUGGAGGGGCAAGAAG